UAGGGAGAGAGGAGGGGUAGAUAGAUGCUGAAUGUUCUUCUGGCGUUGGGCAUGUGAGGUAAAAGCCUCUGUCGGUCGGCUACAGCAGAGGAUGAACGAGAGACGGGCGGCGCGGCGUGGAGCUAACAGACCAGGUAACAGCAACCCAACCAGGGCGCAGAGCCGCGACAACCUCCUCAUGUAUGGCGACUGUGCCGAGGCUGAAAACUGCUGCUCCGGUCACUGCCUGGGCCCCAGCGACGGCGUCGGUAGGGGUGGCGAGGGGCCAUCAGCGGCCCGGCUGAACGCCUUCAAGCGGCGGCAGGUCCUGCGAGGCCCCGCCUCCAUGUUCUGCGCCCCGCUCUCGGUCCCCUCGGACGCCGAGCAGCACUUCCUGGAGGCCGCCGAGUACGGCAACAUUCCCGAGGUGCGGCGCAUGCUGCUGCGCUCGCCCAGCCUCAACGUGAACGCCGUGGACUACAUGGGCCAGAAUGCAUUGCAGCUGGCCGUGGCCAACGAGCACCUGGAGGUGACCGAGCUGUUGCUAGGCAGAACGGACCUGGCACGAGUGGGUGAUGCCCUUCUAUUGGCCAUCAGUAAGGGGUAUGUUCGUAUCACAGAGGCUCUACUGGCUCACCUGUCCUUCAAAGACAGCCGCCGUCUGACUGCCAGCCCGGCCCAGGCGGACAUGUUGGACGACUUCUACGCGUACGAUGAGGACGGGACGCGAUUUUCCCACGACGUGACACCGGUGAUCCUGGCCGCCCACUGCCAGGAGUACGAGAUCGUCCACACGCUGCUGGGGAAGGGGGCCACCAUCGACCCCCCCCACGACUACUUCUGCUGCUGCGACUCCUGCAACUACCAGCAGCAGUACGACUCCUUCAGCCACUCACGGUCCAGGAUCAACGCCUACCGCGGGCUGGCCAGCCCCGCCUACCUCUCGCUGUCCAAUCAGGACCCGGUACUGGCGGCCCUGGAGCUGAGCAACGAGCUGGCCGUGCUGGCCGACAUCGAGAAGGAGUUUAAGAAUGACUACCACCGCCUGUCCACGCAGUGCAAAGACUACGUGGUGGGUCUGCUGGACCUCUGCCGCAGCACCGAGGAGGUGGAGGCCAUCCUGAGCGGCGAGACGCACUUUGAGGACAGCUUAGAGCCGCCCGUCCGCACCUCCCUCACCCGCCUCAAACUGGCGAUUAAGUACGAGCUGAAGAAGUUCGUAGCCCAUCCCAACUGCCAGCAGCAGCUGCUCAGCAUCUGGUACGAGAGCCUGCCAGGGCUCCGGCAGCAGACCACCGCCGUCAAGCUGCUGGUGGUCCUGGGUGUAGCGCUGGGGCUGCCCGCCCUCGCCAUGGCCUACUGGGUAGCCCCCUGCAGCAAGGUGGGCCGGGUGAUGCGCAGUCCGUUCAUGAAGUUCGUGGCUCACGCCUCCUCCUUCACCAUCUUCCUGGCUCUGCUGGUGCUCAACGCCGCCGACCGCUUCGCCGGACCCGCCCUGCUGGCAAACAUGACCCACCUCCAUAGACCCCCCGCCGGCGGGCCCUCUGCCCCCCAGCCGGACCCCCUGCUGCUCUACCGGAUGACCACCACCCCCUUCACCUGGAUGGAGACCCUCAUCAUAUCCUGGGUCAUAGGUAUGAUCUGGGCGGAGGUGAAGGAGAUCUGGAGUCAGGGUCCGGGGGAAUACCUGCUGGAGCCCUGGAACUUUCUAGACUUCGGGAUAAUGGCCAUCUUCCUGGCGUCGUUCAGCUGCCGCUUCUCUGCGUUCAGCCACGCCCUGGCAGCCCAGACCGUCGUCCACCAGCACUACAGUGGCGCCUUCAACCUCUCGCUGCUGCCCCCGGAGCUCAGAUACUUCACCCUCGCGCGGAUGGACUGGUUGCCCUCGGACCCCCAGCUGGUGUCGGAGGGUCUGUACGCCGUGGCCGUGGUGCUCAGCUUCUCGCGGAUCGCCUACAUCCUGCCGGCCAACGAGAGCUUCGGGCCGCUGCAGAUCUCGCUGGGCAGGACGGUGAAGGACAUCAUGAAGUUCAUGGUCAUCUUCAUCCUGGUCUUCCUCGCCUUCAUGAUCGGCAUGUUCAACCUCUACUCCUAUUACCUGGGGGCCAAGGAGAACGACGCCUUCACCACCUUGGAGGAGAGCUUCAAGACGCUGUUCUGGGCCAUCUUCGGCCUCUCCGAGGUGCGCUCAGUGGUGAUCAACAACGGACACAAGUUCAUCGAGAACAUCGGCUACGUGCUGUACGGCGUCUACAACGUCACCAUGGUGGUGGUGCUUCUCAACAUGCUCAUCGCCAUGAUCAACAGCUCCUUCCAGGAGAUCGAGAACGACGCGGACGUGGAGUGGAAGUUCGCCAGGGCCAAACUGUGGUUCUCUUACUUCGAGGAGGGCAGGACCAUCCCGGUGCCCUUCAACCUGGUCCCCAGCCCCAAGACCCUGCUGGGCCUGGCCACGGGCCUCAGAGACAUGCUGCUGCGCCGCCUGGCCGGGCCCGGAGGCCCAGAGCCGGCCACCGCCCAGCUCAACCAGUUGGGGGGCAGUAAAGGUUCCGGAUACAGCAGUUCUACCAGCCCUUCAAGAUACCAGAUGAUCAUGAAGCGUCUGAUAAAGCGUUACAUCAUCAAAGCACGGGCUGACAAGGAGAGCGACGAGAUCACCGAGGGGGAGCUGAAGGAGAUCAAGCAGGACAUCUCCAGCCUGCGCUAUGAGCUGCUGGAGGACCAGGCCCAGACCACAGAGACCCUGAGGAGGCUGCUGAGGAACCUGGAGGACAGCAAGCCUCCUUCAAAGUAGCUCCUCCCUAGGUCCACACUCCACACACACACACACACACACACACACACACACACACACACACACCACACACACACACACACACACACACACACACACACACACACACACACACACACUCACACACACUCACACACACACACACACACACACACACACACACACACACACACACACACACACACACACACACACAGUCUGCCACGCAUAACCACAAACACACACAC